UUUUGAUGCAAUUUUAAACAGCGAAUAUGUUUACGUUAUACUUUGAAGGUCCUUCCAUUCAAGUCUAUAGGAUUCUUAAUUUGAAAUAAUUAUGUGUGAUAGCGACUCAGGUCUCUCAAUAAGUAUGAACGGGAGUCAAAAUGAUUCACCUACGCAAGGACUUAUUUUCAUUAGGGUUACCAUGCCAGACGAUAGUAGUGAAAUUUUCAGUUUCAUUCCAACUGACUUAAUUAUGGAUGUGAAGCUUGCAGUUAUCAGUAAAGUAAAACAAAUGUUGAAGGACGAGCUAAAUUAUGGCCUAUUUCUUCCACCAUCUAAGGGUAAAGCUGGCAAAUUUCUGCAGGAGGAAAGAAUGUUGCUAGAUUAUCCUUUCGAAACUUCAGUUGGCCAUUUAGAAUUAAAAUAUAAGCAACGUGUUUAUCGGGUUUUGAAAACGAAUAUUAACAAGCUCCGGAAAAUCAAUACUAAGGCAAAUUUUCGUCAGUUUAUGGAGAAUGUCAAAAUGGCAGAUGUCGAUAAAGUUGGCAAAUGGUUGAAUAAAGGACUGGAUCCAAAUUUUCAGUGGAAACAAAAUGGCGAAACCCCACUGACUUCAGCUGUACAGUUAGAGAAACCAUAUGAAAUGAUAAUGGCUCUGGUAGCUGGAGGAGCUCAUCUAGAUUAUCGUGCCUCAGACAGUAUGACACCAAUUCAUCGUGCUGCAGUCAAAGGAAAUUAUGAAGCCAUCAAGGUGCUGCUUGAUCUUGGUCAGUCACCAAACACACGGGACAAAGCUGAUUUAACUCCACUUUACUAUGCAGUACUCAAUAACUCAAUAUCUUUGUGUGUCGAACGACUGCUGUUCGACCAUUCACCACUAGGCAUAUCAGAUGAAGCAGGCCUCCAAGAAAUACAUCAGGCCUGUCGAUUUGGUCGUGUGCAACAUUUGGAAAUAUUACUUGCCUACGGAGCUGACAUUAACGUUCAAACUUCGAAAAAUGGUAACACUCCACUUCAUAUAUGUGCGUACACUGGACAAGAGUCAUGUGCUCGUAUGCUGCUGUUUCGAGGUGCUGAUAAAGCUAUCAGGAACUUUAACGGCCAUACAGCCUAUGAACAAGCUAUGAUAUCUGGUAAUACAGAAAUAGCUGAUCUUAUAAAGAAUUUCAAUGAUCAAGAUGUUGUUCCCAUUCGCGAGUAUCCAAAACGUAACCAACGCCGACGAUCAUUUUCAAGAGUAAGGUCGCAUCAAAGAUGCGCCAGCAUGGGAAGAUUAAAUGACAUCUCGAACCACAAACAAGGUCAUAAUGGUGUUGUUGAAUUAAACAAUCUGACAACCUAUGAUCAAGAUCACUGUGAUACGUUGAAAGGAAAUUGUACAAAUAGAAACAAUACCUGGAUGAGUAACAGUAUUAGCGGUUACCACUUGAACUCUGUAAUAUCAGACUCCAUGGAAUUCAAUGAUAAUAAAGACAAUAUGGCAACUGUUCACGGUCGAAACCAUCACUUAGCGCAAAGUGGAUCUGUGUUUAAUCUCAACAGACAAGCAAAUAGUGUAAAUAAAAGGCUCCCUCAUACAGAAGAUCCUAUGCAUCCAAACCAUGCUUCCACCAUUAGAACGACCCAAGGUCGACGUGAAGGGCGUUCAUCUACACCAGCAGCAUGUCAUUCUUCCGGCGAUUCUUUAAAAAUGAGCCACGUGACUGACCGACACAGUACUUAUCGACCGACUUUGGAUCUAGCUUGGAUGUCACAAAGUAAUGAAAACGGUUCGGAUACAGCAUCAAUCUUCAGUGUCAGCUCGUCUAUAAGAACUCCGUCUACCAACAGUGUCAAGAAUACGUCCGCAAUUUUACAGCUGUUACUAGCCAAUCGUGACAGUAUUGCUGAUUUGGAUACCACGAAUUUACCUAGAAUGAUUGCACUUCAGAGAGGAUCAAAUGGUUUUGGAUUUGUUGUACGCGGUAAAAGGGGUACAUCUGGAAACUUUGUACCAACUCUUGAGUGUCCUGCGUCUCAGUAUUUGGAGAAAAUUGAACCGCACAGCGCAGCAAGUAGAGCUGGAUUAAAAGCGGGUGAUUUCAUAUUAGAGGUGAAUGGAAUCAACGUGACUACCAUGUCACACGAAGCUGUUGUUGCACUUAUCCGUGGUUCCAGUGAUAUUUUAGGACUGAAGGUAAUAACUGUAGAUGCGGAGCAGAUCACCACAACGCCCACAUUGGAACACCAGUCAUUAAAUGGUAACCGAUUUUGUGAAUCAUCAGACAAUCUUUAUAAUUCGAAAACCAGGAAGCACAACUACGAGCAUACUUUUUCAAAUGAUUGUUGCAAUUCACCUGAAACAAACUGGUCCAUAAAUAUUGAUAAUAACUGUAGAACUAUUUGCAGAGAUUCAUUUCAUAAAACGGAGAAUUGCUCUACAAGACAGUCAAAUAAGUUAGGGAACAAGCCUCUGUUGAAUGGCUUUGUCUCAACAAAUAAGCUCAAUACUCUUCGAAGAAAUACUGAAUAUACUGACAGAAAUGAAAUUUCUAAUCUGAAAUCUUCGCAAAUAUCACUGGCUUCAUAUAAAACACCCGUCCCUCCACCAAUUGCCAGUAAACCAACACUGAACUGUGGUACUUUAACUAAAAAUGGACAGCAAAACAAUGGCAAAACUAUGGAAAGAAAAGAAGUGAACAUGUCAAUUAAUUCCAAUGAAAAAUCCGGUUAUAAUGGAAGGAAUUGUGAAUCUGUAAAUGGUAUUCAAAACACGCCUAUUCAUCCACCUCCACCAAUGUUGCCUACAGUUUCCUCGAGUAUUUCAGCUUCAGUUCCACCACCACCACCAAUUUUCAUUCCUACCACAAAAAGUGUACCAACAAUAAAACCUGAAAUUCCUACAGGAAUUCUGAAGAAAAGUUCAUCCGCUUUAAACGAAUUGACAGAAAUAUCGAAGCCUUCAAAAUGUUCACCAGAUAACCGAAGUCAAGAUGAUUGGUCAGAUCAACUGUCACUACCACCUCCACCGCCUCCAGAUGAAUUUGAGUUGAAUACACCUGAGAAGGAAAUACAGCCGCAGUGUGUUAAAAAUAAUUACAAUAAUGGUCAAGAAACUUGUAAAAUACAGUCAUCUCCGAAGGCAAGUAAACUUUCAUCUUUUGAAGAUAAUUUAAGAAAGGCAGUGGCUCAGCGUCGUCGCAUGAUAGAAAUGGCUUCAGAAGACGAAGAACAAGACUUCGAGCCCAUGCAUUACAAAAGCUGUCAAAGUACACUGUACACUGAAAGUACAAUCAAAACUACAAAACAGCAAGAUGAUUCACUUCCACAAAAUGAAAACUCGUUUAAAUUAGCUGCAGAAAAAUUCCACCAAAAGGCAUUAUCACGUAAUUUACCGUCUAAUGGUACUAUUCCACCUCCUGAAAAAUUUAAAGAUUCUAACAAAAUUUUCAGCAAGUUUGAUGGCAACACAGAAGCUAAAAUAGGCAAUAAGCCAGUGUUACCACAGUGGCAGUCUUCCUUGAUGAGAAAUGCAAACAAAACGCAAUAUUCAGUAAAUAGUGAAGAAAAAAUCUCCAAUGGUGUUAAAGCAAGUGAUUCGUAUUUAUCAAUUAAAAGUUUCCAAAAUAACGGUACUAGCAAUAAUAACGAUAAUACAUGUUCAGAUGCUAUGCUUAAAGAAGUGACAACAUUUAAACAGAACUCAAGUUCUCAUCCUACAAAGGUAAUGGGAAAUAAUACAGCUCCUCCACCACCACCCCCGCCGCUGCUUUUUGUCGACACCCCAAAAGUAAUGUGGUCUACCAGGAAAAAUGAUUCAGUAAAAUCUCUUGUACGAUGACAAUACUGUCAUUACGCAUGAAAUAAUUUUUCAACCGAUAAGACAUAUCAAUCACUUCCCUUUUGAUUAAAGCGUUAUCUAAUUCAAUUGAAAUUACACCUCAGAUUUUGUCCCCAUAAAUAUAUUAUCAUGUUAUUACUUUUCAGAAAAUUUCAAGGCGAAGCUGACUUAUUUAUUAUUUGCAAUUCAAUACAAAAAAAAACAAUAAGAAUAUCUGCUGUGUCAUGCAAAUUUCACUUUAACUAAUGAAAUGCAAUAAAUUUGGCAAUCAAUACUUUCUGUGUGUAUAUACAACACAUUUAGGCAUGUAGUAAAAGCAACAAACAGUCUAACAAUUUGAUUAAUUCAUGCAAGAAUUUAGGUUUCAUUAUGCAUCAACGCAGUCAUUUAUAUUUGUGAUGAAGAUUGUCUUUUUACAAUGAUUCGUUCAUUUUUCACGUCCUUUUUUUACAUAUAUUUCGUAGAAUUGGGAAACAUUUUGUAUUUAGACAUAGUUCAGAAAUCUUGAACACUGAAGUAUGUCUGUUGUUUCUAUCCCAUGUAUCUUUUGUUACAUAGUUCUUUUCUGUGAAUUAGUUGAUUAUUUCAGCCAUUUAUGAAAAGUCAUAAAUGAAAUGACAAAAGGAGUCUUUUUCUUUGAGAUAGUGUAUGUUUUUUUUUUCAUGGAGAAAUUAUGUGAAUAAGUCUCUCAUUUUUAAUAAGUACUAUAGGCACAAGUAUUUCUUAAUUGACCCAUUCAACAUCCUUUAUACUUUUAAGUUGCAAAAGUUUAUAUAAUUAAAAUAUUCGUAAUGA